AUGGCCUCUGUGGAAGAAGAAGCCGGCGCCGCUUCUGCAGCCCCGAAGAUGACGUAUCUGUCGCCGAUUGCUUCGCCCCUGCUCGAGGGCAAGUCUCUGCGGAGGAGUUUGAAGCUGAUUCAGCUGGCGGCAGACCGCGAGCGCGCCUCGCGAGGCAAGAAGGGCGAAGAGAAGAGCGAGGCGAAGAAGGGAAAGAAGGGCGUCAAGCUGCUGCGCCGUGGCGUCCACGAGGUGACCAAGUGCUUGCGGAAGGGGGUGAAGGGCAUCGUAUUCUUCGCAUCCGACGUCUUCCCCGUGGAAAUUAUCGCGCACCUUCCGAUCCUCUGCGAGGAGAAGGACAUCGUCUAUGCCUACCUCUGCAGCAAGAAAACGCUGGGCCACGCCUUCCGCUCCAAGCGACCCGCCAGCGUCAUCAUGAUCACUCCGGGCGGCGACGGCCAGCCAGGUGAAGACGCAGGCGGCGAAGACGACGAAGAAAAGUUCGAGGACGUCUACAAAAAGGUCGCGAAACUCGUCAGAAAAAACAACCCGUAUUUCUAG